UACGUACCGCUGUCUCGAUAAGUAGCCGUUGCCGCAAAAAGAAAAGAAACGAAAGGGCGGAUGGCUGCCGGUCCUCAAGCUCGCUCUCACCGACUCCUUCAUAUUUGAAGAGCAUUCCGGAAGCUGUUCUGUUGUCUACGUAUACUCUGGCUUCUAUUUAUUUCUUCCCGAACAAUCAUCCCAUCUGCUCAACAGAAACCUCUUUCGCGUCAAGACCUGGAUUCAGGUGUUUUGAAACGGUUUUUGGGCUGCGUGCGAGAGCUUGGUCGCUUUUAUCCCGAGUCGCAACUCGGAUCACAAGUUGGUGGCGACAAGGGUGUUGCUUCUUGAGCUACAACGAUAUCGGCCCCAGAUCCGAGCAAUACUUGUAUACGCACGACUCUCUCAACCACAACAUCUGUCCUUCUUCUUUUUCUCUCUUCUUUUCUAUUCUUCUUCAAGACACACCUCCGACAUUGUCGAGUCUCACUGGCAUUUUCAUCUUCUUUGUGUGAAUUGCCACUCUACUCACUUCACACAAUGGCAUCACUGAGAUUGCCCCUCCCCCGCCAGCUUCGGCUGGCUGCCCCGAGGUCAAGGAUCGCCGCCCGCAAGACACCAGCUUCCUCGUGGGUUUGCAACUCAUGUGUGUCAAGCUCGGCAUCGUCCUCGCGGAUUCCCCGUGUGAGGACUUUCAGCGCCUUUGCAGCUCUUCAGAAUGCCACCAGUGCAAAGAUUGGCUCAGUCGAUCCCUCCCUUGAGCCACUGCAGAGGCCCGAGUCCUUUAUUCCCCGACACAUCGGACCUGAUGUAACCGAUGCUGAGGCCAUGCUGAAGGCGCUCGACCCUCCGGCAAAGUCAAUUGACGAGUUUAUUGCCCAGGUUGUCCCUCCGGAUGUCAUCUCCGAGAGGAAGACAUUUGGUGCCUGGGACAAUGAGGGCCCCCUUGAUGAGAGCAAAGUUCUGGCGAGAGCCACUGCUUGGGCCAAGGCCAACGAGGCUGCUCCUAAGCCUCUUAUCGGUGCUGGAUACAACCCCAGCGUCACGCCCCGUGUUAUUCAGACCAACGUCCUCGAGAGCCCUGCUUGGUAUACCAGUUACACUCCCUACCAGCCCGAAAUCAGCCAGGGCCGCCUCGAGUCCCUUCUCAACUACCAGACCAUGGUGUCCGAUCUGACCGGGCUUCCCAUUUCCAACGCCAGUUUGUUGGAUGAGGGUACCGCCGCCGCCGAGGCCAUGACCCUUUCCAUGAACGCUCUCUCAUCAUCCCGCGCCAAGAGACCCGGCAAGACCUUUGUUGUCUCACACCUCGUUCACCCUCAGUCUAUUUCAGUCAUCCAGAGCAGAGCUCAGGGAUUCGGCAUCAAGGUUGAGGUUAUCGACGUCAACGCAGCGGACUCUGCAGAGAAGAUCAAGGCUCUGGGACAGGACUUGGUUGGUGUCAUGGUCCAGUACCCUGACACCCAGGGCAAGGUUGAGGACUUCAAGGGACUCUCCGAGCUUGUUCAUGAGCAAGGUGCCCUCCUCAGUGCCGCCACCGACCUGCUUGCCCUGACGGUUCUCACGCCGCCCGGCGAGUGGGGUGCCGACAUUGCCUUUGGCAGUGCCCAGCGCUUCGGUGUUCCCCUCGGCUUCGGUGGACCCCACGCCGCCUUCUUUGCCGUCAAGGAGGCCCACAAGCGCCGCAUGCCUGGCCGCUUGGUCGGUGUCUCCAAGGACCGAAACGGCAACCGUGCCUUGAGAUUGGCUCUGCAGACCCGUGAGCAGCACAUUCGUCGCGAGAAGGCAACCAGCAACGUCUGCACCGCUCAGGCUCUGUUGGCCAACAUGGCUGCCCUGUUUGCCGUCUACCACGGACCCGAGGGCCUGAAGGAGAUUGCCUCGAGAUUGGUUCGUCUUGCCCGUGGAGUCCAGGCCGUUGCCGAGGCCUCGGGUUUGGAGACCGAGCAGAGCGGCGCCAGCCCUGAUGGCAAGGUUCUCUUCGACACCGUCGUCAUCAAGGCCAGCGACCGUUCUCAGAAGAUUCUGGCCGAAGCCAAGAAGGCUGGCCUGGGCUUCCGCGAUUUCGGAAACGGUGACAUCGGUAUCAGCGUCAACGAGCACGUUACUGAGGAGGUGUUCAAGUCCAUUGCCGCCGUCCUCGGCAGCGCUACCGGUACCCAGACCGCUGAGGUUGCGAGCAAGGCCUACGGUGCUCUCACCCAGGACAUCACCGAGCUCCUUCCCGCUACUCUUCGCCGUCAAUCCGCGUACCUCACUCACCCUGUCUUCAACACUCACCGCAGUGAGACCGAGAUCCUUCGUUACAUCCACUACCUCCAGUCCAAGGAUCUGUCCCUUGUUCACUCCAUGAUCCCUCUCGGAUCCUGCACCAUGAAGCUGAACGGCGCGACUGAGAUGGCUCUGAUCACCCUCCCCGGAUUCUCCACCAUCCACCCUCACACGCCCGCAAGCGAGCUCCCGGGCUACACUGCCUUGAUUGAGAGUCUCUCUGACCAGCUAAAGGGUAUCACAUCCAUGGAUGCCGUCUCUCUGCAGCCCAACUCUGGCGCUCAGGGUGAGUUUGCCGGUCUUCAGGCCAUCCGCAAGCACCUCCUCUCCAAGCCCGGUGGCCAGAAGCGUGACAUUUGCUUGAUUCCCGUUUCCGCCCACGGCACCAACCCCGCAUCCGCUGCCAUGGCCGGCAUGCGUGUCGUCCCCAUCAAGUGCGACCAAAAGACCGGUAACCUUGACAUCGAGGACUUGGAGGCCAAGUGCAAGAAGCACGCCGAGGAGUUGGGUGCCUUCAUGGUCACCUACCCUAGCACCUACGGUGUUUACGAGCCCGCCGUGAAGAAGGCUUGUGAGCUCGUCCACAAGUAUGGCGGUCAGGUCUACAUGGACGGUGCCAACAUGAACGCCCAGAUCGGUAUCGCCUCGCCCGGCGAGAUUGGCGCCGACGUCUGCCAUCUCAAUCUUCACAAGACCUUCUGCAUUCCCCACGGCGGUGGUGGCCCCGGUGUCGGACCCAUCUGCGUCAAGGAGCACCUUGCUCCCUUCCUGCCCGGUCUCGCCCACGACGCCGACCAGGCCAUGGUUUCCAGCGCCCCCUUCGGCAGCGCCGGUAUCCUCCCCAUCAGCUGGGCUUACAACGCACUGAUGGGCAAUGACGGUCUCCGUCUCGCCACCAAGACCGCUAUUCUCAACGCCAACUACAUCCUCGCCCGCCUCAAGCCUCACUACAAGAUCCUCUACACCAACGAGAACGGCCGCUGCGCGCACGAGUUCAUCCUCGACGCCCGUCCCUUCAUCGCCACCGCCGGUGUCGAGGCCAUUGACAUCGCCAAGCGUCUCCAGGACUACGGCUUCCACGCCCCGACCAUGAGCUUCCCCGUAGCCAACACGCUCAUGAUUGAGCCUACGGAGAGCGAGAGCAAGGAGGAGCUCGACCGCUUCGUUGACGCCCUCAUCAGCAUUCGUGAGGAGAUUCGCGAGAUCGAGGAGGGCAAGCAGCCUCGUGAGGGUAACGUUCUCCGCAUGGCGCCUCACCCCCAGAUGGAUGUCAUCUUGGGUGACGGCGAGGGCAAGUGGGACCGUCCUUACUCUCGUGAGAAGGCUGCUUACCCCCUGCCUCACCUCAAGGAGAAGAAGUUCUGGCCUAGCGUGGCUCGCGUUGACGACACAUACGGUGACACUCACCUGUUCUGCACGUGCCCUCCUGUCGAGGAUACCACGUCAGAGUAAAUCGAUGAUUCUGCAUCUGAUAGACAUGAUACCAGCAGACCAUAGAUUUGUGCCUGCAUGACAGCCUUCAUGUUUGCAACACGGGGACGGCUAGGCGAUCUCAGACGGGGCAUCUAACCCGUUGAGAUCCCUCUUGUUCCCUGAGAUCCUUCAACAUUUUUCCAAUCAUCUCUUAGCAAGCGGGGAUUUGAGUUCCUACGAUUUCAACAGGGAAUACACAUACACGUUCAUGUUUACUAUAUAUGAAUGUGCGGGCGGGUUUAUGGGGCCGGAGACAUGGGCCACCGGGGAGUUUUAAACAACAAAACAACAAAAAUGGUUGUUUUGUUGGGGUUAUUGCAUUAUUGGGCGUGCGAAUUUGGUUUUUGGUUAUCUACCUAGACUGGCAUUUCUAGCCGGGA